AUGUGUAAUGCCGCCCACGACAGGGCGCUCUCGACACUAUCCAGAAGCAUUCACUUAUUAAAUGUAAAUCGAUUAUCCGCUUCGUGGAAGCGCUGGAUUUCAUUUCGCGAUCAGAGCCGCUUCGCUUCUAUGCAUGAUUCCGCGAGGAAGAUUCAGCACCUGGGGCGCUUGCGGUCUUCGACACGGCUAUUGCGGAGUGUCCGAAUCGCAGCGGCUGCGCGUCUUCAUGAAUCCGCGCUUAUCGCUCAAGAAGUCCGCCGUGCAUACGCGUCAGCUUCACAGAAUGUGGCGCAAAUGACUGAGCUUCUUUCCAAAAAUCGAUUGGCCAUCGUAAUCCAACGUGUAUUUCGCAGCAUGAUCGGUCUUGGUCGAGUUCAAUGUGCUCGUGUCGAGGUCGCAAGAUUACGAGAGCAGGCAAAAGAAGGAGUAGAGUCGGCCAACAGGUUGGUACAAUCAGAUCGUCAAAAGAGUUUGAUGCGUAGUAAACUUCAACAACUUGCGCAAAUACACCCAAAAGCUAAACGAACGUUGACCCGGGGUAUUAUUCGCAUUCAAUCAGCACAUCGAGGGGGCACAGCACGUUCAAAAGUGGCAAGCCAGCAGGUGACCUGCGUCCGCACUUUCCUCCAGUAUUGGCUUCGGUGUCGGCUGCAACGGAAGCAAUAUCAUCGCGCAGCACUAAUUCUGUACCGCCAGCAGAUUAAAAAAUCAGUUGAUAUGAAUUGUCGGAGGUCGGAGUGUGGUCUAGCAGGCCGUAUACUCUUCAAGCAUUCUAGCAUUCUGGAAACUCAACGCCAGAUCAUACGUCAAUCAGUGAUUCGCGAGUCAGUCCAUGCUUCAGAUCUCCAGCGCAUCUUCAACACAUAUUGUUCUUAUGGCCAAAGGGGCAACACAACGCGCCUUGGCGUGGGAAAUUUUGCACGCUUAAUCAAGGAAACGCCUUGCGUCAUGCAGCCUACCAAUCCUACUGGUUUAUCUCAAUCAGAUGUCGAAUUAACUUUCAUGAAGUAUCGGGGGCGUAGUAAACAACUUACUGUUGAGAGUCACUUACAUUACAACGAGUUUUUAAAAGCACUUCGCGCUUUAGCCAGCAUUUUUCUACCACCACAGCUAAGCUGCAGGCAGCGCUUAGGUUCCGAUGCUCAGUUAUGUAUCUUCCUUCAAAAACAUGUAUUUCAGUCGAAGGUAGCUAUAAAUUGCACAGAGGAGUUGCGUGAUCUGUCUUGCAGGGGUCGCGCACAAGCGAGGCUGAAUUACUCCGCCCAGGCAGUUUUACAACUCUGGCGUGGUCACAAGGCUCGCCUAGUUUCGGGAGCUCAUAAGAAAGUACAGCUGAUCAACAUCGAGCGUCUGCUGGGCUCUAGGGCCGUUUUGACGCUUCAGUCUUUCUUCCGUGGCAUUGUUGGACGCUGCAAGGCUAUGGCAGUGGCCCAAGAAACAUACGAGAAAUUCCUUGACUUUGAUUCAGGGCGUGAUUUCUGGUUCAACAAAAGAUCAGCAACUUCCAUUUGGGCAAAACCUCGCGCCCUGGCCUGGGCAGAUGUGGGAAGCGCAACACGUUUGCCCAACGCUGACUUGCUGUUCGAAAUCAGAUGCCUGAAAUGUUACAAUUCAACAAUAGCAAAAUACUGCAUCAACUGCGACGAUCUUUAUUGCGAGGACUGUUAUGUAAAGCAUAGCGAACAAAAUGAACAUGUUCACCACUCCAAGGGUUCACUUCAGAAGCACACCUUUGAACAGAUGGUACUUGAUUGGAGUCCCAUCAAGUGUUUCAAGCUUGCUAGCCUAUUCAAUUUCAGACGCAGGAGAAAUUCGCACUGUGCCCUACAUUCCCAACACGGUCAAAGAUCAUUACAAGCGGCUCGAGGAAUUACGCCAUCUGACAGAAAUCAAGUUGGCAAGAAAAAAAUCAUGUAUCAAGUCGCUUGCUUCUUCGGCAACGGUGCACUCCUCGACAGCGAUACACCAAUCGAAACCGUGAUGAAAAGAGUUCCUUUCUGGGCACGUAGCACAGUAAAAGAUGUCAUUCGGGGGCGGUGGGUUGAGUUCGCGCUUUAUGUCAAAGAACAAGAAGACUUCAAGAUAAGAAACGGGCCCGUACAUACAUCCGUAUAUCUAUCUCUGGCCGUAGCGCAGCGCCAUUUGAAACUCAAGCGCCAGAGUGCAGCAUACAAAGCGAAAAAGGCAAAGAAAGAAUAUGAGGUCGGACAGGAAGCGUACCGCAGGUCUCGGUCUGCAAAUGAUCCAAAUAUGAUACAAGACAAGUUCAAGCUACAUAUGCGCGAAUGUCGUCGGAAGCACGAGGCAUGCGUGAAGCAAAUUGAAGCUAUGGAUCGUGAGUUGUGUCAAGUCAAAUCGCAGCGAUCAAAAUUGCUUGGGCCCCGUAAGAUGGAAAUGAAAAUUAUUGAUGCUCUCAACCAUGCAGUGGAGAUCGAAGACUUCUCUCUGACAAUGAAAAAAGAUUCCCGUUUUGCAGAGCCAUCAAUUCACGGGUCCAAGUUUAUUCAAGUGGGUGACAGAUUUCGAAUUGGUGAUUCCCCCUCCGUGUAUCGGGCUAGCAAGAACGAUGGAGUCCCGUCAACGCUCGAUAAGCUCGCUUUCAAAGUUCGCAGGGCGCUAGCUGCAACCAUGCUACAUAUAGAAGCAGCAAGAAAUGAAGCCGUGGCAAGCAGCAGCAUAGAUUUGGACAUGGUUGAUUUUAAAGCUGCGGCACAAAAGGCAGAAGCUGAGUUUCAGGUCGUUGAGCUACCGGCCAAACUCCCAAAAUGGACGUUUGAUCCCGAUGAUCUGCACAAAGUUAAAUUGAAUCGCAUCUGGACACAUGGCGAUUUGGAGAAUGUGAAGGUAUUCAAGUUUCCCCGAGAACCACAUUGGCGCAGAGCUGUUACACGCACUCGUGAUCUGGCACUGGGCAACCCCCUCACACAGUUCGCCAUAAAGUCAGAAAUCAACAUGCUUGCGAUGUAUAAGCGCCAGUUAUUAUCGGUUGCAAAACGUGUUGAUGCAGGGUCGGAUACCCAGAGGAGCUUAGAAAAACGAGCCGCAAGGAUUCAGGAUAAGAUAAGAAGUCGCGCCCAUAAUCUGUUUGGACCUUUCGACGAAACUACUGGCUUUGGUAUGCAAAGGAUUGCAAAAUCGAUGGUUACGGGAGCAUGCUUUGUCCUAACACUACCGGCAAAGGACAAACACAGACCAUGGGAGACCUCGAAAGACAAAACCACUGUUACUGUGACUCUUCAGGCCUCAUAUCUAGGUGAACCGCAGCUACUAGGACAUUUUGACGUCGACUUGAAUUGUCCCUUGGAUAUGGCCAGGGAGUUCCUGAGACGCGCAUUCUGGAAAGAAUUGAAUGAGAGAGUUGGUUCAGCUUUCGAUUACGUACAGCAAGGAACAGCUGUCUUAGAACAGGAAGAGGCGACAAUGAAACUUCGUGAUGUCACGCCUCAACGACUAAACUCUCUCUCUCGGGAACUUGAAUACUCGCUCACCCUCUGCGCUUCGAUGACCCGAGAGAAGACAGUACUUGAUUCGCAAACUCCAGCGACGAAAUCUAAAGGUGACCUUUUUCAUAAUUCAACUCAGGUGGGCACCAAGCGCAUCGCCGCUCUCAGUUGA